UCGGGCAGCCGGGCCGCGUGGGGCGAACCCCUAGCCGGCCCACUGGCGCCGAUGCCCGCAGCGCCAGCGGUGCCCGCGGCGGCGCCGCGCGGCGUGGCAGGCCAGCCCGCGAGAGAAGGCGCGGGCCAGCGCCCGUGCGUCACCUGCGCGUGCUGCGGCGCCCGCCUGCGGGCCAGCGAGCUGCCCUACGCCUGCGAGGUCGCGGCUCUGCCGGAGGCGCUGGCGGCAGCCUGGCACGAUGGAGGCACCCCUCCCCUCACGAGGCCAGCGACGCGUUCCUCCGGGCCUGCGCGCAGCGUGCAGGCCGCCGGGGCUGGGCCCGGGACUGCCUCGCCGGCCUGCUGCGCGGGUGCCUUUCGGCCGCGGACGCCAACGCCCUCGCAGGGCGCGGCGAGAUGUUCGUCCUGACCGGCACCGCCGCCAGAAGGCUGCUGGGGGGCCGCAGGCCCGGCGGCCUGCUGCUGGACGUCGGGGCGGGAUGCGGCGAGGUCACGUCCCAGUUCCUGCCGCUGUUCGAUGACGCCCUGGCGACCGAGGUCAGCCUGCCCGCCCUGUGGUGCCUGCGUGCCCGCGGCUUGCCGGCGCUGCGCGCCGCGGCUGGCCUGGCGCCGCCGGCCUUCGACGCGGCGGCGGCCGCGGCGGGCGUCGCGCUCGGCCCGGGCGGCUCCGUGGACUGCGCGCUGCUGCUGAACGUGCUGGACCGCUGCGACGCGCCGCUGGCGCUGCUGCGGGAGACCCUUCCCGGCGGCAUUCUUCCGCGCCCGCGGCCUCGGAUUUCGGCGAGGUGUGCGGCCGGCUGCAGCCUGGGAAGGCGCCUUCCCCCCUUGGUGCUGCCCUACCGGCCCUUCGUCGACCGCGGCGCCCGCGGCCGGGGGCGGCCCUCGGAGCGCCUGCCGCUGCCGCCCGGCGCCAGCUGGGAGGCUUCCGUGGUGUUGCUGUGGCGCCGGGUGCUCCAGCCGGCAGGGCUCGAGCUGGAGGCGUUGGCGCGGGCGCCGUACCUGUCGCAGGGAGACGCGUUGAGCCCAGCGUACGCGCUCGACGACGCGAUCUUUGUGUUGCGGCGGGGACGUGGCGGAUGAGGGCUUGCCCUCGCACUGCACAUUCCGCGCCCUGGGCCCGUCCAUCAAAGAGGGAGCUCUUGGGCUUGGACCAGUGGCCGCCUUGGCCCUUUUACCCUUGCGUGCACGCCGGGCGACGCAGGCUUGACGCGGCAGUGGUGGCGCGAGGUAGAAAGCGAUGGGAGCGAAUGGGGGUG